AUGGGUCAAGCACUUUCUUCUUCAACGAAUAAUCCAGAUCAAGAUGGGGAUGUUAUAAUGGUAGACGAUUCGGAGAAUAAUACUGGUGAUGCUAGCGAUUUAGAUUUUGGUAAUAAUCAUACUGGAGCAACGCACGCUCCAAGGAGACGUACUCAAGCCAGUCGGACUAACUCUCAGGAUCGAACACAAUUUACAACCUCUUCUACGUUUGAGCAUGCACCUCAAAAUGGUUCUCCGAGAGUUUUACGAAUGACACCGGCACGACGCAGAAGACAGCUCUCUAGUUUGUAUCCAUUUUUUCCUUCUGCAACAACUACAAAUCAAACUCAAAUUCCUCUUAGCAGACCCUUAACUCGACUUCAAAGGUUACAUCACAAUACUAUUGAAGAUGUUUCACUUGCUCCUAGGCAAACCGAUGCAAUAGCACCAAACUUGUUGAGACGAAGUCGAACUAGAUCUUCGACUUACAAUGGGCAAGAAACUUCUACAAGCGUUGGGAUAGCUCUUAAUGAUUCAGAGCCAGCCCAUACUUUGCCAACUUCAGAAACAAUGUUUGAUAUUAGUCGUCCUCGUUCAAGUUCGGUUGAUGCGAUAAUUAUUGGUGAUUUGGAUAGUGAUUCAACACGGCCAAAUAUUCGUCUCUCUGAUCGCCUACGUCGAUCUAACACUCAUAGAGGAUCUUCAACACGUCCUUAUUCUUCGUCUAUUUCUUUGUCCAGUACAUCAUCCUCUAACUCAAGUUCCUCAACAGCUGGUACUCAAACAGAUCCUUUGGCUGCUGCUCCCACACAACAACGUUCAAGAAGAAGGGUUACUCGCAUUUCAGCACGACGUUUUUUUAAUAUUGGCGGACAAGAAUCUGAAAGCAACAGCAAUAAUAAUAUUGAUAUAGACAACCAACAUUUAGGGCGAUUUUUGUCCAUUGCAGCAGCUGCUACGGCAGCAUCCCUUGUUGCUAGUCAAGAAAAUGCCGUAAUUGAAGCUGAAAGAGCCGCUAACGAAGGACAUGAUGGAAGUUUUGAGAGUUUCUUAGCUGCUCUUCAAAGAAGACGUCGUGAGGCUACAAAUAGGCCUACUAACCAAUCAGCUUCAUCAUCAUCUGAGGAACAAAGUCCCUCCACUGAUAACAAUACACCUGGUUCACAACCAUCGCAACCUAUGUCAUUCUUCCGCUUGUUUCGCUUUGGUGGAUCUCGUUCUUCCUUGACACAGCAAAAUAUCCCACCUGAAAAUAGUACAGAUACAUCUUCUUCAAUACCUAAUGCGACAAAUGAAACUAAUACAAGCAAUACAAAUAAUGUCCCUCAUAUGGUUCCCGUUAUCAUUAUUGGAAUCAGAAGUGUUCAACCAAGAGAUGAUCCGAACGUUAAUUCAUCAUCUUCACAAAACGUAGAUACUAGUCCCACUAAUUCUGAACAUAGAAAUAAUUCAAAUCGAUCAUCAAGAACUCGGUCUUCUUCAACUUCAAGUCGUGCUUCCGCUAGAUCUACUGCUUCAACUUCUACCCAAACCCCCCCUGCACGUUCGUGGAUCAUUUAUGUUUUAGGAGGCACAUAUCCUUCUACUCAUCCUAUCCUUACUACACCAUCAUUAUUUUCUGAUAAUCCAACUUAUGAGGAUAUGAUGUUGUUAUCGUCUCUUAUCGGACCAGCUCGACCUGCAACUACAACGCAAAGUGAGAUAGAUGCAAACUUACCAGUUGCAAAAUAUGAUGAAAGAAUUCGUGGUGUUAGAGGACAUGAUCUUUUAGGUAAUGCAGAGAAAUGUCAAGUAUGCUUGUGUGAUUAUAUUACAAAUGAGGAUGUUAGAGUGCUAAUUUGUCGUCAUGGUUUCCAUCGAGAAUGUAUUGACAAGUGGCUCACUGAGGGAUCUAACAAGUGUCCUAUCUGUCGUGGCGUUGGAGUACUGCCCCGUGAAUCAGAAACAAAUAAUAAUGGUGCUAUCCCUACUACUUCAGCAGGAUUGGAUUCUAUGGGACCUUUCUUUUAA